CGCUUCGGCCACGGUCAUACUGAAUACAAAAAAUGCAAGACAAGAUGCAGGCCCAUAUUCAAAUUGGAAAACCACUUUGAUCGCGAAUUGGAAACUGAUUAGGAGCCGCACGUGGCUGAAAAGAAUAGGAACGGCAGUGUGCUAGGACUCGGCCAGCAGGAGCGGCAACGCGCGCGCGAAACCAGCGCCAUGAGGAAGCGCAGCUCGCGCUGUAAUUCGGACACUUUCAAGGAGGAGCAGAUGGACCACAACGGUGACGACAUCAGCCUGCUGCAGCGGCCCCUGCGCACCGCCCACACUGGAUUCGAGGAGGCGCGUCGGGCCUACGAGGAUGGCACCAGCGAGGUGCGCCAGCUGCUCAGCCUGGAGUGCAGCCUGAUCUACGAGUGCAAGGUGUGCCGGAACAUGUUCCGCAGUCUGGCCAAUUUCAUCAGCCACAAGCGCGUCUUUUGCUGCGUCAGCGCUCGUUCCGCGAACGGCAGUGGAUACACAGAUCAGAACUCCACGGUGAUUAUUCAAACGGGUGGCGGUCCGUCGCCACAGGACAUGGAGCACAUGCUGCGCAGCAGGAGCACGGGCUGCUCUCCAGUUCCCCGCGAAGUGCGUCCCAUGCGGGGAGGCGGUGGUGGGAUGCGGGACCUGAGUGGCGUCAUCGAGCGGCUGCGCCGGGAAAAGGCUCCGUCGCAGGCCAGGCGCAGCUCCCCGACGGUUCUGCAGCUGGAGUCCGUGCCCACCUCCAGUCAGGCCGUUUACCAGACCAUUAAGGUGGACCAGGAGGACAGCAUUAGGACAGAGCUGGACGAGGUGCACCGCAUGCUCAAUCCCGCUGAAACCAUAGUGGGACCCGACGGCAAGGCCCUGACCACCGUCAAGUUGGAGCGCCACGGAGGCAGCGACUCCGGCGAAACCGGCGAGCAGUCCAUCAGCGACGAAACGGAGACGAGCAUCUUCUGCGAGAUCUGCAACCUGACUUUUCAAACCCACAAAACGCUUCAGCUGCACAUUCAAAAGCAUCACUCAUCGUCGGCGUUCGUCUUUCAGUGCCCCGCCUGCUCGCUGACCUUUCUCCAGGCCGCUGCAGUUAUUCGUCAUUUAUCCAAGGAUCACAAGAAACCUACUCGUCGCAUUAGAAUGAUGCGAAACACUAUCCUCAAGCGCCGCGUACAGCAAGGGGACAUUCAGCCCAAGGGUCCUUGCCGGGAGCUUAAGCGCCUGCAGCUCUCCGACGACGUGGUGGGCUAUGUCCCGGAGCCACUGGACGCCAGCGGUGAGCAUCGGAAGAUCAUGUCCUUGUGUAUCUACUGCGAAAAGUCCUUCGAACGUCGCGCUGCUCUGUCAACCCACCUGCUUAACUGUCGGGCCAAGCAAGAGGCGCUGGCCAAGCCGGCUCCUUCCGUCAAGAAACUUAAGGCAAAGAGCAACGAGUCCAGUCUGGAUGCAGCCGACGAUGACGCUACUGCGUCCAUAGAUCUGCCGAAAAAUGAACCGAUCAAAAGAGAGGAAAUUACCCUAAACGAGAUGUUUGCCGAUCUACCGGAGCCGAACGAUUUAUUUGCCCCUGGCCUGCACACAGUGUCGUUGGACCAGCUCAAUUUGGGCAACGAAAGCGACUCUGCCAGCGAUGAGGCCUCUAACACCGAGGAGGAGCACGAUCUGGCACCAGGGGCUGGUCCUGAAUCCAAUGCCGAUCAGGAAGAUGUCAAGGGCAAGGCAAAGAAGAAGCGCAACGUUCCAGCGGAGAAGCAGCUGCGUUGCCGCUGCAAGAUCUGCCAUAAGCAGUUCAAUGCCCUCGGAAAUCUGCGUCGUCACAUAUCCAUGUUCCAUUAUCGCGCACGCCGCUUUGGCUGCAAUCUGUGUGAAUAUCGCGCAUUUCGGCGCUACGACAUUGUUAAUCAUCUGGGAUUCACCCACAAGAUAGAAGGCGACCGAGACAAGCUGACGGAGCAGUAUGUGUCCACCCACGAGUGCGAGUACUCGCGCGAUGAUGUGGACGCCGAUAUCAUUUUGCUGGAUCAAGAGGAGGAGCUGACAGCGACGGAAAAGGAGGCCAAGCCCCCUAUUAAAACCUACGAAAGGCGCUUGAAGCGUGUAAAAACCAUAACAGAAUCUGCGGGAGACGUGCGGCCCAUAUCGCCAACUGCCGUGAUAAAGGAAGAACCAGGCCAAGAGUCGAUAGAAUCCACUCCAACGCCAACGCCCAGCAAGAAACGUCGCAAGUCACGCACGCAAAUCUCACCCGAGUCCGGUGAGCAUUCCCACGAGAAGCGUCCCAUCCGCAAGCGGGUUAAGGCGGUCAACAAGGACUUUGUCUACGAUUUGGUCAGUUUCAAACCAGACGGAUCAGGCCAGCAAGCACCAGUUGCACAGGCAGUGGACUCCAUGAGGGCCAAGCUACGUCGCUCUGCGACGGGGAGCAAUGAAGAAGGCAGACAUAAGCAGUGGGAGGCCUACAUUACGGAGGCCAAGAAGCCCCAGGUGUUGGGCAUCACACGUCGCAUCAUGCUGGAACUUGUGAGCCAGGGCUUGGCGGUAUCCGCUACCUUGCCGGAAUUGCCCUCGGAGAGGCCGAUGAUUCGACCACGCCUUACCUCGCACACACGUAGCGAGGGCGGUUCGCAGCAGCAGCAGAAUGUUGUCGAAACUGCAGCGAAUACUGCUCCGGAAACCGAGAGUUUCCUCGAGAAGAUAGCGAAGCGGACGGCAGCCGCUGGCAAGGAUACCGCUGUCAUCAGCAACCUGUGGAACAAGGUCAACACUGCGAUUGCCCAGCAGCAGCAGCUGAAACAGGAGCAGGAGCAGGAGCCGCUGGAAGAAGGCCAGCCAGAGGAAAAACCCAAAACGGAGAAAUCAAAAAGCCCCCUGCCCACGCAACUCUCGCCGCACAGCUUGUGCCACGUCCCCGGGCCCGAAACUCUGGCAACCACUGGUAUGGAAUGCCUGGGCGGCAAGGGCAGUCAAGCGGGAGCACCGACAAUGUUUCCGGCACUGCCCAAGCCGCCAUCCGUUCUGCAGGCAGCUGCCAAUGGGACCAUCCAGCUCACACUGGACAGUCUCCUGCGAGCCGCGCUGCAGAACUAAACGGAACCGGAAAUGGCAGCCACCACUACCGUGGCUACUUUUACAACUGUUGUUGUCGGUCCCAUUGGAUUUUUCCGAAAAUGUUCGGCUGGUCGCUUUCCCAUCAACCGUUUGAAUGUAAUUCACUAGUGUCCUUAUUGUAAAACCAACUAAAUAAGAAACCCAGAAGAAUCAAACCAAGAAUCCCUAGAUGAUAAACACGCUUCGAGUAUUACGCGGUAAAAACAACCAAAACGAAUUCAAAAUCGUAGGAUAAUUUUCGGCUAUUAGCAAAUGUUUGUUGUUUGUGUGAAUUGAAAAAGUACAGAUUUUUUAAAAUGUUAUAGUUAAUACUGUAAAUGUACCUAAUUUUAUAGCCGGACAUAAAAUAAGUCACACACGUGUACACGGUUGCUGUACAGGCGUGCAGCAGAUUGCCUUGCCAGGACUUAAACUAGAUUGAAUAUUUAAUCAAAAUCGAGCCAAUCUUCUUGGAAUACUUUAACAAAGUAUUGGGGUGGACCGAUUCAAUCAAAUGAAAUGUUUAAACAAAGUGUAAUUUGUCUUACCUUAAGUAGUAGGCCUACAAUUAUUAUUAUUAAACUUAUACUUAUCAUGCAAAAUAUGUUAGCUCAUUAAACUCUUUCCGUUGGUAAUACAUAACUCAUAUGUAAUUCACACUUUCAGUUUGACUUUUUGUUGCCGAAGGAAAACAACCGAAAGCCGCUUCAAAGAACCAAAGAAUUACUCCUUGUCGACCAAGUCGGCACACCCUAAUAUAUAUUAAGAAGAUGGAGAGGCCUUGGAUAUUAAGUUGGUUGACGCUUCAUCUUGCCAUCUAUCAUUUGAAUCCAUCGCCCCACCAUCACCUAAUUAGCAUUAUUAUAUUCAGGAACAUCACAGCUGAGGAACCGAGAACACAACGACUUCUGCAUGAUGCUGCAUAAAUUUGUUACUCAAAAUGUUAAUUGCAAACUAAGCGAAAGUCAGGCGCAAGUUGUACAAGGCAGUCUGUUGUACAUACACAACCCAGAUACACGAUUAUAUAUAUUUUAUACAUACGCAACGUUGACUCGGCAAGUAUUUUGCCAGACGCAACAGACACAAGGAGGAGGAAAUCACUAGCAGACAUUCAAAGAAGUCCUGAUCUACGCGAGUAGUUCAAUGUAUUUAUAUAUCAUUGUAAUGUACAAGGUAGAGCCUUAAAUCAAAUCACCAAAUGAUAAUAAAUCCUACGAUAAU